ACUUCAUCAAGAUCCCCAACUGUACGCCCGCAUUCGACUCGGAGUAUCUCACAAACGGCAACAUCCAGAAAGCCGUCAAGUUCAUAGUCGACUUUGCUAAAGGAUUGAAUAUCCCUGGUCUCGAGUUUAAGGUGCACGAUGACGGAGAACGCCCCCCAAUGGUGUUAAUGGUGUACCCAGGCGAAGCUAACCACAAUGUCAUGAUCUACGGACACUUGGAUAAGCAACCGUUUAUGGAG